AUGCUUCGAACAUGCACCGUAAUCAACAUCACGCUGCUUCUGGCGGUUGUGGGGGUGGCGUCUGCGGCGUCUCCAUACUCCCUUGCGACCCGCUAUCCGUAUCUCAGGCCGCGACUCGUCUACGAGGUCAACGACUACCUGUUCCGGUACUACAACAUCUACCGGCCCACGCAACGCGACCCAAUCUACUACCGGCCGCGGACCGGCUGGAUCCUCGGAAACAGCCCGGACGACCUGCUGUUCGGCUACGGCGGCCGGUUCCAAGACACCCUGGGCUACGGGUCGUACUACCCCUUCAAGUACCCCCUGGGGCCUCCCGUGGUGCCAGAGGAGCCCAUCGACCCCCCGGACACGCUGCCAAUCUAG